AUGAAGCAUUUUUCUGGUGUUCUUAAUUUCCAAAGAGAAUCAUGGAGGUAUCUUCAAACUAAGCAACAGAAACCACGACAUUCUGAGAAGGUUGUUUGUUGCAUCCAUAUGAUCUUAAGAGUCAUUUCUAUUCCUCGUCAGAUGAUACUGCAAUUAAUGGAGAAUGUGAACUCGAGUGCUGCGGAAUGGAGGUUGUCUGUUUCAACUGAGCUACAAGGUUAUAACAUACAUGGCGCCGAUUGUGAGAGCCAACCAAAGCCACGAUCACUGUUCAAUUUCAGUCAACAGACAAUCCAACUAAAGCCACCAUGGCCAUCAUUUUCAUGCAAUUGCCAAGCUGUGCAGGUGCGGUCAGCAUUACUUACCGGUGACCCACCUGAUGACUACGUUGACACCAACUCCAGUCUGUCGUCGUGGACACGAUGGGCAGCGUCAAUCCUGUUCCAAACUGCGCAUCUAUGGGUGCGGCCACUGCCUACACCAUCCCAUCUUCCAGAUGAGCUGAGCUUCACUCCCGUCUGGUUCGCAUCUUCACUAAUUGGUCCUCCUGUUGAGAACAUGUACAGCAGAAUAAAGUUGCGACCGCUUCCAUGGCCAUCCUGGGAGUGUUACAGAGGCUGGAAGUUUUUGGUCAGGCAAGCGCCAUCCUUCAUAGAAGGGAGGUCUCAUCAUCCGUGGCCAAUAUUGGUAUAUUGGGGCAGUCUGGAGUUGAACCUUAUACUGCGUAGUCCUCAUACUAGUAUUUUAGAUCAAAUGCGUCAGUAUGAGUAUGAAAGACGUACUAGCCUGGGAAGUGUUACCCAAAUCAGUGGUGGUCAUGAAGCAGUGCAGGGCACUAUGAUGCGUAUGGAUAUAUCAACGAAUUGGCAUUUUUUGCGAAAAGAAGAAUUUGAGAGGAGUGGAAUUUAUUCACAUGACAGCAUGAUAUUUGGUGGCAAGGAAGCGCUUAUCGCGCGAUUAUUAACCAUCACAGGUUCACAACGACAAUGGUUUUCAAGUAGUUCUGCUCAUAUAUUUAUCGAGGAAAAUGUUCCAGAGAUUUGCAAUCAGCCGACCUUGUGUGCAAGAGUGCUACACGGCCAACGUAUACCAGUCUUAGAUGCCCCAAUUCAUGCUGAAUGUGUUCCAUCUUGUUUCUGUGCUACACUCUAUUCAAAGGAUCUGGGGUUACAUACUUCUGCUAGAGGAUUCUUGCUCCUUCCAAAUAACAAUGGUACAUCUGGUGCAUGGUUGCAGCGAGAAAAAUUUCAACGAGGGAGGGGUGUCACAGUUCUGGCUACAUUCUUUGAGCAAGCCCCCAUUGGCCACCGCUACUACCACGACUUCGGCGCCACCGCUACUACCACGACUUCGGCCACAACGAUGCCGACAACGAUCACAACUAAAGUAUCUCACUGAAGUCUACCAUGUCCUCAGCUACCACCGAGACAUCGAGCUAGUCAAAGACCAUCGAGUGCAAUGGGAUCCGGGCGGUUCUCGGUGGAGUCGGCUUGGGGUCAAGCCGAAUUUCAAGAAAGAGGGAAUGUCAGGGCCCUUCCCUAGCCCAUACGUGUAUGUGGGCUUGCCUCUGGACAUCACUUGGGCCUGGCCCGACUGGGAAUUCUCAAGCGCUGCAGCUACUUAUACCUGGGAGGAAGCAACGAGCAGACCAUCCACGUAGGAUCAGGCUUGUCGGUGGCGGCUUCUUCUGGCUCUCUUUCUUCUACCUCUGGCUCCUCUCAAUCCUCUCUCGAUGUACAUCAAAACCACCACAAACCUGUAAUGCCUAAGUGAUUGAGUGUAUCUGAGUAGUGGGUUG